AUAACAUAGCAUGCAGACAUAACACGUAAUAUUUAAAAAACAAAAAAACCAUAGGACAAAUGACUGAAGUAGACAUUGACGGAAUGCUCUGUGAGCCCAAAAUCAAGCAGCAUCAAGAGGCUGAAGAGCAAGGUGGCAUAUGCCCCCCUGAUUCUAGAUUUUUACAUCAAAACAAACCCAAAUGGUGCUACGCGAUGUUUGAAGAUUACGAAAGAUGUCUUAAACAUAACUCCAACAAAAAGACCUGCCAAUACUUUUUCAGCAUCUACAACCAAUAUUGCCCAAAAGCAUGGGUUGAACAGUGGGAAGAACAAGUUGAAAAAGGGAUUUUUCCAAGAGACCUGACAAAAGAAAUGGGAAGGGAAUUUCAACUACGAGGAUAUAUGAACCCUCAGGGUGCCGGUGUUUUUGGAAAAACAACCAUUUAUAGUGUCCAGUUCAACAGGGUUCCGCCACACAGACCUGACAAAAACAGCACUAUAUUCAACACGCUAAGAUGUACUCAUGGAGUUUGUAAGUUUUUUGUAUUGUAUUGGAGUUAGGGAUACCCGUUAUGCUCAACAUGUCUCUUUGACUUAGAACACAUGAUAAUGUACUACAAAAAUUUUAUUCUCACAGAACUAAUUCUUAACUAACUUUCAAUGUCAUAUACAGAGGUGUAGAGAAGCUAUUCAAUUACAAAUAUCUGUUGGCUGCGGAGAACAAUAACAUUUAUAAAACCCUCCUUAAAUAUAUGCUCAACACAGACUUGUCAUUUUAAAUUGAAGAGUGUAAUUGUUAAAAAAAAAGUAAAUAAGGAAGAAAUUAAGAAAAAAGAUGACAAGAAAAAGAAAGAAAGAAAAGAGACAGAGCCCUGACUAAUCCCUACAAUAGAGUUACAACCAACUGGUAAUAACAAAGGCCAAAAGGAAAAAAAUUCAGGGCUCCUGGAUUCGAACUCGGGGUCUUUUACCUUACAGUGA